UCAGUUGCAGGCGGGAGACAGCCAAGAUGGCCGACCUCGCUCAGUCCUCUCUGUAACCUACACGGUUGUGUGCUUCCAUUCUGCCAAAAUGAGCCCGAAUUCACCAAAGCUUCUAAGAAUCUGUGAUGUAAAACCGCGUGUUUCGAAGUUCCCUUCGUCUACUUCCGCUCGGUCGUGAUACCCGGUCUCCAGCGUGUUGUGUUUGUUUAUGUUUACCUCGGCGUGUUGUGUCAGUGUUCAGUGUCGGUUAGUCAGCUCUGUUGUGUUGUCUGUCGCACAAUAUAGCCUAGUGUAGUACCAUUUCGUCCAUAUCAUGUGCCCGCUAUCAGAAAGCCAUCCUCUAAACGUAGAUAGUUUUGCUCACUUCGCUCUAAGUCAAUGUCUCAGGUCUAAGACGAUAAUUUAUUGUAAUCGUAAGUGUGGUUAGGACACUCGAUUUUUUCUAGGAGUAAAUUAUUCCGGCGCCCUUUCCGCCGUUUAUAGAUAGUCUGGGUGUGGCUGAAUUUCGUGUCAGUUGCUGAUAUACCGGGAAGUGUUUAGUGUGUCGGUGUACAAACAGUGUCUUUGUGUUGAUGUGUGCAACAGUUGUGGAAUAAUGUCUCUACGAGUGCCUGGGGGGGUUUAUCUGAUGCCCCCCUCAGGCGCCCCGCUAUCCCCGGGCUCGGGGCCCAACAACCCCGCCAAGCCGCCGGCUGCUGUCGCUAUAGUUACACCCCAGAGAAGUAACAGCCUCGACUUCCUCAAUUUCGAGGAGAAGCGACAAUUAAUAGCGUCUUCCCUGUCGCUGACGGAUUUUUUACACCAUGGCGGCUCCGCCACCAGCCCCUCUUCACCCACCUCGGGGAACGUCUAUAUAGGAAAGAAGCAGAACGGGUCGGCGCUGAGGACCAAUAGCCUCGGGUCCGGCACGAGGACUCCGCCCCUGGAGCGGAAGAGCAAGUUCUCUGCUCUAGGCCGCCUCUUCAAGCCGUGGAAAUGGAAGAGGAAAAAGAAGUCGGAGAAGUUCGAGGCAGCAUCAAGAUCCCUGGAGCGGAAGAUAUCGGUGCGGGCGCCGAGAGACGAACUGGUCCAGAAGGGUAUCUUACUGCUGGAGAGCCCCACGUCACCAUUGCCGUUACCUGGGCCGGAAGGAGGACCACCGUUCCCCACGGCCGGCCAAACUACCACCCCUUCCCAGUUCCGGCCGCCACCCCUCGCCUCCCCUGUCACCAAUAUUCCAGAGUUGAAGAAGGACAAAUGUGAGCUGGUCGGUAGCGGCGGCGUGGGCGUGGGGGUGAAUGGGGGAUGUGUGUCGCCCAGUGGGGAGCCCCCGCCGGCCCCGUCGCUGGCCCCCCCAGACUCCAAGCCUGAGAGACCCUCCUCGCUGGGUCCCGGCAAGCUGACACGACGGCUGCUAUGUUACCACAACGAUCACUACACCUCCUCGCCCACCAGACCUCACCCGGACUCUCAAGUGCACGAGGGCGGAUCCCCUCGACUGUGCACGCCGCCGCCAGGGCCUGGUCCGGAGCCUCCGCUGACUCUGUCGGAGCUGCCGGAGCCCCCGAUCCCCGUCUCGGAGAUCGGUCCAAUUCCCCCGCCGCCCAUGUUCAGCAGCCAACCUUCUGGUAUGCCCCUGGGCAUCGGGCUACACAGCGCCGUGCCUCUCGAUCUCUCUGCCAUCAACUAUGGACACGAUGAAGGGGAAGAAGAGGAAGAGUACCUCGAUGACUCCCCCUGUGAGGACGAGGACGAGGAGGAUGGACUGGGAGUGCGCGUGACACGACCAGACCCUGCCAUUGAUACCUCACGCGUUGAGGAGAUACCAGCCAAGGAGCCCAAGUUCCACGCUGUGCCGCUCAAGUCCGCCCUCAAGAAACCCCCGACUCCUACGCAGGACGGGCCUGGACCGCUAAAAAGGCAGCCAUUACGGCCCAGGAUACGAAUAUGCUCACGACCUGUGAGAUUCGGCAUUGCCCUGCCGUGUACGCUGGAGGACAAGGAGAACACUCGGCCGUACGGCGAUGACGCAGAGAGUGACAGCAGCGGGGACGGACCAGUCCUGUACAGAGACGACGAUGACAAUGACAGCACUUACGGGCGGCUGGCAGCCAAGAUUGCUCGCAAGGACAGUCUGGCACUGAAGCUGGCGCUGCGGCCCGACAGACAGGAGCUGAUAGACCGCAACAUCUUGCAGCUGCAGUCGGAGAAAGAACGGCAGGAGAACAAGGAGGCAGUCGGAGCUCGGCUGAUACGGAGGUUGAGUAUGCGGCCUACUCAAGAGGAACUGGAGGAUAGAAACAUUCUAAAAAAACAAAGUGCCGCAGAGGAAAAGAAGUUAAAAGAGGAGAAGAAGCGGAUGUUGUUGCGGAAACUGAGUUUCAGGCCAACUGUCGAGGAGCUCAAAGAGAAGAAGAUUAUUCGGUUCAAUGACUACAUCGAGGUGACGCAGGCGCAUGACUAUGAUCGCCGCGCGGACAAACCGUGGACACGACUCACGCCCAAGGACAAAGCUGCGAUUCGCAAGGAGCUAAAUGAGUUCAAGAGUUCGGAGAUGGAGGUCCAUCAGGAGUCCAGGCACCUUACCAGAUUUCACAGGCCAUGACGCCUGCGACGGCCGGGCCCCUAGAUCCCCCUUGUACAGUCCUCCCCACCCAAAAAAACUGGACACUUAAACAGUCUUGUAUAUAAACUAAACCUUUUGAAAGCUUUUUGCUGAUUCGUUCUUGUUACGACUCCAGUCGAUUCGUGGGCGUCGGUACUGCGACACGUCCGACUCCUUGUUUGUACAUAAAAUGAUACUUUAUGUUUAAUAAAUCAAGAAAAGGCCAUUUCUCUGAGAGAUGGUUUGUUAAUAGCAGAGUAGUGCAUUUUUAGCACACUUAUAUAUAAAUGUCGCUUGGUCCCGCUCAUACUGGGGGAGAAUCUGUGAUUUUUUUUAGUUUCCCUCGGUCUUAUUAACUCGAGCUCUCGCUUUUCUUAACCGCUUUAGUUUUUAAUUAAAAUUUGUGAAAACUAAAAUUACUCAACCUCCAUUGCCGUCGUGCAAAACCUCAAGUUUUCUAGGAGCGCUCGACCACUCACAGGAAGAAAUCAAUGUGGCAUCUGCGUUUUUUGUUAGCUUGCUACUAUUUUGUGUUUGUGGAAGUUCACUUCAGAAGACUUUUGGGUCAGAGUCCAACUAAUUGGAUAUAAUUAAAAAAUGUUAAUAUUGUUAAUGAUAAUUGUAUUUAAUUUAUCCUCUAUGAAAGUAUGAGCUCUCGAUAGAUUGUUAUCGUAGAAUAUUUCUGUAAAGCUAGUGAUUUUUAAAAUAAUUAUUGUAAUAUUAUAUUGUGAAUAAUUUUGUUAUUAUCAAUAAUUACUGUAGGAUAUAAUUUAUUUGCACCAUUUUAUUACCGUCUAAUAAAGUGCAAUAGGAAAUCCAAUUGUAUUGACUGUUAUUUUUGAGAAAUUAUGAAUGUUAAUGAAGUGAUGUCACUUUGAAUUUUAUAUAAAUUUGUUGUGAUCCUUGGGAACUUAUCGGUUUUAUACAGUUUUUAUUCAUGUCUUAUCUUAACUACUUGACCCAGAGUGACUGUAUGUACCUUAUUGUUUAUUUAUCUCAUUUAAUGCCAUAUCUUGUAAAUAUAAUGGGUUACAGUAUUAUUUUGUGUUCAGAUGCCUGUACAGCAUUUACAUUGUCUAAACCACCACUGGUCGGUAUCAAUACCUUGACUUUGGCUACCGUACAAAUCGUUUAAGAAAUUUUUGUAGAAAACGACAGAGCUUCUGUAUACUUUUCUAUACAUUAAUUUGUGUUAUAUAUUUAUACAUAUAUAUAAAUAUAGCUAUAUAGUGAUACAUACGUAAACAAGAGACACUUUCUUCAUAAUCUAUGGUUCUCUUACUGAAAUUUUUUUAUACUUUAUUUCUGUAAAUAUAAAAGACAAUUUUUAUUCCA